AUGGCUUACCUCGCUCCAAUUAUCUCUGACAAUGGGACUGGAUAUUCAAAGAUUGGUUUCGCAGGGAACUCAGACCCCAGCUUUGUCUUUCCGACAGCCAUAGCGACCCGCGGUUCAGCGACUACGUCCUCCAGAGCCCCUGCUGUUCCAGCCAAGCCAGGACACCUCGCAUCGAAGCGUGGAGUUGAAGAUCUUGACUUCUUCAUAGGAGAUGAAGCCCUCGCCAACGCGAAGACACCAGGCUAUGGCGUCCACUAUCCGAUUAGGCACGGCAUGAUUGACAACUGGGAUCAUAUGGAGCGCUAUUGGGAACAGACGAUCUUCAAGUACUUGCGAGCUGAGCCCGAAGAUCACUACUUCCUCUUGACUGAACCUCCGUUAAACCCACCGGAGAAUCGAGAACAAACAGCUGAAAUCUUCUUCGAAUCAUUCAAUAUCAAGGGUCUCUACAUCGCUGUUCAGGCCGUGCUCGCCCUCGCCGCAUCAUGGUCUUCCAACCGCGUCACUGAUCGCUCUCUCACUGGAACGGUUAUCGAUUCAGGUGAUGGUGUAACCCACGUUAUCCCUGUCGCUGAGGGAUAUGUUAUUGGCAGUGCCAUCAAACAUAUCCCUAUCGCUGGUCGCGAUAUCUCGCAGUUCGUCCUCAACUUGAUGCGCGAGCGCGGAGAGAUGACGACCGUCCCACCUGAAGAUCAACUCAGAGUGGCGAACAAAGUGAAGGAGAACUACACUUAUGUCUGCCAGGACAUCGUCAGGGAGUUUAGAAAGUAUGACGAAGAGCCUUACAAGUACUUCGAGCGUUAUGAGGGAGAGCACAGCGUUACCGGUCGGAAAUACGGUGUAGAUGUUGGCUACGAACGAUUCCUUGCCCCGGAAAUCUUCUUCAACCCAGAGAUCUACUCGUCUGACUUCUUGACUCCUCUCCCUGAGAUCGUUGACGAUGUCAUUCAACAAUCACCUAUUGACGUUAGGCGUGGUCUGUACAAGAACAUUGUGCUGUCCGGUGGUUCCACCAUGUUCCAACACUUUGGUCAACGGCUCAAACGCGAUCUCAAGCAACUCGUUGAUCGUCGCUUGGACCAGAGCGCCAUCUUGAGUGGUAGCGCUAUCAAGUCCUCUGGUGUCGACGUUGAUGUCAUCACACAUAAACGACAACGUUAUGCGGUCUGGUUUGGUGGUUCACUACUUGCAUCGCUGCCCGAGUUCUACUCGUCCUGCCAUACUAAAGCGCAGUACGACGAGAUCGGACCCAGCAUUUGUCGCCGCUACCAGAUCUUUGGGAGCGCGACCUAAAUACCUACUUACAUUACCGCUAUCUGGACGAUGCAAUAUAAUUUCAAACAAAUGGCGCCGAAUUACAGCGGGCAUUCUA